AAGUGGAUAAGAGAAUGGCUAUCUGAAUCCCAUUCUUUACAAAUUCCUCUGUGUCCAUCAUUUUCUCUCUUGAAAGCAAAAAUGGCAGCUGCUUCCAUGACUCUAAUUCCCGCAGCAUUCUCAACCUCUUCAAACUCCUCCAAAUCUUCACUCAAAAUCUCGCCAACUUCACCAUCACCAACAUUUACCCACAACCGAAACCAGCUCAAUUUGAGGCGAGACUUGUUGAAAGGAGUACUCGGUUUACCUCUGAUUCUGAUCAAAGGGGUUCCCAAUUCAGAAGCUAGAGAAGUUGAAGUGGGUUCUUAUCUCCCUCCAUCAACCACAGACCCUUCUUUCGUCCUCUUCAAAGCCUCUCCCAAAGACACCCCUGCCCUCCGCGCCGGGAAUGUGCAGCCUUACCAGUUUAUUCUGCCGCCGACAUGGAAGCAGGCUCGCGUAGCUAACAUAUUAUCGGGGAAUUACUGUCAACCAAAAUGUGCAGAGCCAUGGGUAGAAGUGAAAUUCGAAGAUGAGAAACAAGGGAAGGUACAAGUCGUGGCUUCUCCUUUAAUUCGCCUAACAAACAAGCCCAAUGCGACGAUUCAGGAUAUUGGGAGUCCGGAGAAAUUGAUUUCCUCUCUCGGCCCUUUUGUCACCGGAAACUCCUACGAUCCAGAUGAGCUCUUGGAGACUUCUGUUGAAACUCGUGGCGACCAGACGUAUUACAAGUAUGUGCUUGAAACGCCGUUUGCUUUGACGGGCACACAUAAUCUUGCAAAAGCAACAGCCAAAGGAAAUACAGUGGUGUUGUUUGUGGCUAGUGCUAAUGAUAAGCAGUGGCAGACAUCUGAGAAAACUCUCAAGACCAUGCUUGAUUCGUUUCAAGUCUAGUUUUUUGUUGAAUAGAAUGAAUAUUAUAAGGUUAUAUAUAUACUUAUUUGUUAUGUCUAUACAUGACUUGUAGAUUCAUGAAUCAUUUCUUGUUUUUGUUCAUCAUAUUAGAUACUGCAGGUUGUGAUUGAAGUGUUUUUAUAUGAGAAUUUGACAGUGAAUUUUUUGUAGAAACUUGGACCAGACACUGUUCUGUCCACUGUAUUAUGCAACUGGAUUGCCAUGCAAUUGAUUUUGGUCAAACCCAAUGUAGAACAUGGCCAAAACUUGAUGAUCACGUACUCCGUUAACCACUCAAAUAAUAUAAUAUGUAUAUGUACAUGUAUAUUUCCUCAGUAAUUAUUUGAUCAGAAGUCAACUGAGAUUUUCCAGUACUCCAGAAAAACAGUGGGAAUAUUUUGAUUGUCACAAGUUCAGCAAUCCCACAACCAGGAAAAGAUGGUUCUAUUACAUUGAUGCCAAAUCACAGCAGACAAGGUCAAAUCUCAAUAAGUUAGCAGGGAAGUUAUCCAUGUUUAUAUUGAAAGAAGGAGGUAGGUUCUUUGAGUUGUCUUGACUUGUAUAUCAAUAGGAAGCCAUCAGGAAACUUGAUUGCUUGAUUUCACAAGCAAAGACCACACCUUUAUACAUAUAUAUAUAUAUUUAUAUAAUAGAUAUUUAUUAGAUAGACUUCAGAGAAGGAAAUGUCGUAUAUAUUCCAUUUUGUGUGUACAACAGCUUAUAGAUUCUUCCUUGACAAUCAAACACAAAUUGUAAGAUAAAACUCUUUUGUGGCUCAGCCAAUGGCACCAUCAUCCCCUAUCAAAUUCAUUGAAAAAGCCCUAAUUGGCAGCAGCAGCAGCAGCUUUACUCUAUCCUACUCAGACCCAGAACAAAAAUGGAUUAUUAGAAGGCACCUUCUUUCUCUCCUCCAAAACUAUCCAAAUUUCAAGGUUUCAGCUGAUACUUUCAACCACAAUGAUGGCACUUCUGUGAACCUUUUAAAUGUUAGAGGCUUUCUAAAGGUAUCCAAAUCCAACAGAACUCCUCCCAUACCCUUAACUCUCUGGCUCCACCAAAACUAUCCUUACAUGCCUCCUAUAGCCUUUAUUUCAUCACCGGACCCCAAGACUCAAAUUCAUGCGAACCAUCCAUUUGUUGACACUUCUGGUGCUGUCACUCCACCUUAUCUUUCUACGUGGGAAUACCCACGAUGCAGCUUAGUUGAUUUUGUCAACAAACUUGUUAAAAUCUUUGCCUGUGAUCAUCCUUUUGCGUGUUCAAGUACUCCUAGUUUUUCUCAUCAUUCUCUCGUGUCGAAAUCAGAGGCUCUAGACCGGCUGAUUGGUAUGCUUCACUAUGAUAUGUUAGCCUUGAAGGUGGAGGCGGAGGAGGAAAUUGAAGGGCUAGCAAGAUUGCAAGUAGAGAUGAACAAAAGAGUUCGAGUAACAAAAGGAAUGAUUAGUGAACUGGAGAAAGAAGGCGAGAGGUUGAACGAGAAGGUUAUGAAACUGGGAGAGGAUACAGAUAAGAUCAUGAAGUGGGUGAGUGAUCAUGAGAGAAAAUCAGUGGAGGAGGAUGCUUUUGAGGCUGAUGAUGAGUCGUCAAAGGCUGUUAUUGAUAGUUUGGCUGCAGAUAUUGCCAUAGAUGAUCUGAUGUAUUCACUGGAUAAAGCAGUUGAAGAUGGAGUUAUAACAUUUGAUUUGUAUAUGAAGCAGGUGAGAACAUUAGGCAGAGAACAGUUUUUUCAGAGAAUCAAGCAUAUGAAAAUUGAAGGAAUCUGAAUAAUCCCCUUCAAUGGUUUUCUC